AUGAACGAUGCCAUCGCAGCUGGAUUCGAAAGCGAAGACAGCAGUGAUGAGUGGGACAAUGGUGGUCGUGAGAAGAAGCAUCUCUGCGUCAAAGAUCCAGACAUUGCUGUACCAUUUGUACAAGACAAUGUAUAUUUGUUGAAAAGAGCAAUCACUGAAGGAGACACUGAGGCUGUUGACCAGCUGCUGGACAAUGGCACGAGUGUGGACACCAGGCUGGCCUUUGAUUGGACUCCUCUUAUGUGUGCCGUUAGUGUGGCGAAUUAUGACCUGGCCAAAAUGCUGCUGGACAGAGGGGCCAAUGCCAACUUCAGCAGAGAUCAUUGGACAGUGCUGAUGGCUAGUUGCACGGCGUCGGCCAGUGAAGACAAGAUUGCUCGCUGUGUGGAGCUUCUUCUGUCCAGAAAUGCCGAUCCCAAUGUUACGGACAGAUCUCAUGUCACUUGUGUGAUGCUGGCGUCCAGAGAGGGAUACAGUAAAGUCAUCAACCUGCUGGCUUCAUAUGGAGCAGAAAUCAACAUCCAGGACGACAAAGGAUACACGGCUUUGGCUAAUGCAGUGCAGCAUGGCCAAGAGGAGGCAGUGCUGAAGCUCCUCCAGCUGGGAGCAGAUAAAACUAUCAGUACCAAAACUGGAAAGAGUCCUGCUGACCUGGCCACUACCUUCAAACAUACACAGAUUUACAGGAUCCUGUCAUCUUCACAACACACUUCUACUGGUCACAUCUUCAACACCAAGCCUGAAGAGAUUUUUAAAUUUUGGGGCAAGUAAAUUCAGGAUGAAUCGCCCCCUACAAAUUUACCUUCACGAAAAUCCACUAAUAAGCUGGAUGAACUCGAACUUCUCCUGCAUGGCCUGAACCUCAGUUACCUCACUGACAUCAUGAGUGAACAUGACAUCACCUGGAACUGCCUAUUGACCAUGGAGGAGGAAGAUCUGAAGAAGAUCGGUAUCAUGGACCCAGAGGAUCAGCAGAAAUUGCUGAGUGCUGUGCAGAAGAUGAUGCUGGACAAAGUGGAUCUUGACACUGCGAGCCAACAGGAAGCUGCAGACAGUGGGAGCGAGGAGCUGCUUGAUUUCCUCAUAAGCGUGAGGCAGCAGUGCAGUUACCUGACAGAGACAAUCCAGGACAGUGUCACCAGAUUCCCCAGUCGAGCCUCUCAGCUUGUCUUCUCGCUGGACACAAACCAUGAGGUCCAGGUGAUCUGCAACCAGAUAGUGAUCCAGAUGAAAGACCUGCAGAAGGAAGUCACCCUCCUCCGCAACCUGAUGUGCCAAGUGGACCAGGCCGAAGACUGCUUUCACCUUGAACAACCUGUUUCCCACUGCAACGGGAAGAUGCGAAUCCUGAGAAGAGUUGCACUGAGUGUGCUCGGAACUGGCAUCCUACUACUGCUCAGCAGAAAGGUUUACCUGCAGUUGUACAGGAGUGUCUAUUAA